AUGGACUUCGAGGACGCUAAUGGUGGUUUCGGCGACAAGAAGUCACGACCACUGCCCGAUGACUUGCCCAAGUCUCUCGACGAUCGCAGUCGUCGCCCCGUCGAGCUAGUCCCUGAGACGGAAAUGUACGAUGGCUGGCAAGGACAAUCACAGUUCCUAACCACGCCCGUCCUUGCAAAGCCACUCAAUUUUGGCGACCUAAGCCUAGACGACCGCACCUACGAUGAGGACAUCACAACAGGUCCCAAGAAUAGCGACGCGCGCCUCAUGGAGAUGAUUGCCGCCCAAGCCGCCCACCGAGUCGGUCCGGGCUUCGACGACGAGGAGACCAUACUGGCAGACGAGAAGCUGUCUGAGAACGAGAAGAAAGACCUGUUGCAAAGGGCGUUGAACAUGGCUGCUAGCAACGGCGAUGUCGAGAGAGUCACCAACAUUGUCGGCGGCAAGGCCAAGGCCUAUGUCGACAUCAAUGCGCCGGACGAAGACGGAACACCGCCCUUAAUUUAUGCGAGUUGCUUUGGCCAUGAGGGCGUGGUGCAGGCUCUCAUCGAUGCCGGUGCAGACGUCGACAAGCAAGACCGAAACCAGUGGAGCGCCCUUAUGUGGGCGAUGACGAAUAGGCAUAAGAGCAUCGCCAAGGCUCUCCUCGAUAACGGUGCUUCGGCUGAGCAAAAGACCUCGUCCGGUCGCACCGCCUUCGACUUCGUGCCGCCAGACAGCGACAUGUCCUUCUAUCUACACGACAGCGGUUACAACAUUGGCAAUGCGGGGACAGACGACUUUUACAACCCCGGGUUCUCACAGGAUCGAUUCGAGGAGGAGAUGGCCGAGAACGAGCUGCGGAGACGAAUGAUGAUGGACAGCGCCCGGGAUCUUGAGGUUGAUCUAGGCAACGUCGGCAUGGACGACCAGCCAGAGAACUCCGACGAGCUUGAAGAAGAGCAGCCUGAGUUCGACUGGACCCGAUGUCUCCACGAUCAAAUGUUUGUAUUCCAGGAGCACGAGCUCGACCGCAUUCUCGACAUCAUCAUUACCAAUAUGACCCCUCAACGAUCGCCGGCACAAAAACCCGUACCCGCGAACAUGAUAUUCCUCAGCGCAAGAUACGCGCAUUACCACUCCAGCCCCGAUCUGCUGGCCAAACUCAUGAUAUCGGCCAUGGACAAGAUUAACGAUGUUGUGGAGCACUACCAGUGGGACAUGACGAUUCUGGCCUUUUGGAUAUCGAACGCCACCCUACUGCUGCACUAUCUAAAGAAAGACGCCGGGCUAGUAGAGGCCACAGUCGAGUUCCAGGCCCAACUGUCCGAGCUCAUCAACGAGAUCUUCAUUCUCAUCGUCCGAGACGCUGAGAGACGCUUAGACAAGGUGCUCGAUGCAGCGAUGCUGGACCACGAGACGAUACCUGGGUUCGAAGACAUCGCAUUCCAGAACGAGUGGAGGAUAUUCAAACGAAAGGCGCAGGUCAAAGAAGAACCCCUGGAGAAGCGCUUCCGGCCCCCGUCCCCGAAACAACGGGCGAAGCCUGCGCCGCGCAACGUUACCUCCCUACUGUCGUCCACCUUGUUCGUUCUUGACCUUUAUGAUAUCCACUCAGUAAUUACGGCGCAAAUCAUCUCUCAAUUACUGUACUGGCUCGGCGCAGAGCUCUUCAACCGCAUCAUGUCCAACCGCAAGUACCUUGCACGGACAAAAGCUAUGCAGAUUCGCAUGAACGUCUCGACGUUGGAGGACUGGGCUAGGACCAAUAACCGCCAGCCGGAGCACUACGAGGGAGGCGAGACAAAGUCGUCGGGUGAGACGACGGUAGACGCUGCCAGGCGACACCUGGCUCCCGUCAUCCAACUGCUGCAGUGGCUUCAGUGCUUCUCGUCACUCGGCGCCGACGACCUUGAAGCCCUCGUCGGUACCCUGCAACAACUAAAGAGGCUGAGCCCGCAGCAGCUCAUCCACGCAGCAUCACACUACAGGCCCGAGGUUGGCGAAAAGGGGUUACCUAAGAGCGCCCUUAAGUACUUGAACGCGAUCCAGGCGGAACAUGUGCGUAGGAAAGAGGACCGCAAGAGCAGCGCGCCGUCGACGCCUGUCAAGGGGAAGCCCACGAACGGGGGCAUCAUGGAUACGCCUGGGAGCCAGGCGGCGACACAAACACCUGGCGGCAACGAGAGCGAGGAGGAGGAAGACGACGCGCCAGCAAACCUGCUACUGGAUCCGGCGCUGAUGCUGCCCUUCACGCUGCCAUCUGUCACGGAUAUGCUGGUUUCGUACGGAGCCGGCUUCGGGGGGGUCAACAGAGAGAGAGCACGCAAGUACAUUCCCACGGUGCCACCCGAGUUCCUGUCCAAGCUCGAGGCCAGCGGCGCACGGAAGGGACCAAUGUUUAGCGAGAAGGAUUGGGAGAACGAAGAGGUCUAA